GAAGGCAGAGAUUUCUCUGACUGGAGAGAAUUGAAGAGGAUUUCCUGAGAAGAUAGAGAAAGUCACACUAGAAAAUAAUGUACUGCUGAAGGAGAAUAAUCAAGCUAGUAGAUUAAGAUCGCAGAGUGGUGAAUUUCCUAUAGUAGGAAUUCUCAGGACUGUCGUAGAUUAUUCAACAUUCACCGAUCCUGAAAUAACAAUCAAAACUUGUUAUCAAGAUAAAAACAUGGCAAAGCUUAGACACUCAAGAGAGACUACAGGAAGUAUUUGAAUUUGUUUAGAUAACUCUCGUAAAAGAAGACAAUUCGAGCUAGGUUUAUGAGGUGGUAGUUUUACAAAAUCUGGGAUUAGGGAAUCAAUUAGAGUUUAGAAUUACAUUUAUUCAUAAUUUCUAAACCUCAUGCUAUUAAAUCCUCUUUAAGCAAAAGACAUUAACUAUAGAAGCCAUGAGAUUCAAAUCUUACUUCACUCUAAGAGUGACUCAGCAGCAUGAUCAUUACAUGACAAAUAUCAAAUCUGUGAUGCCAGAUAUACUGAGAAUCUUGCCGAGAACACUCAGACAAUGAGAAUUCAAAGGAUGAAAGUUGUCUAAAUAGACAGACACUAUCCAUCAUAGCCAACUCCCAUAAUCUGCAAACUCUUUCUUUUAUUCAGUGAUUAUUCGAGCCUCUUGAAUUUAGCAUUGAAAAGAAGGAGCAUUAUUACUGGAAGCUCCUUACUAGAGGACCAUAUAUGAUGGAGAAUUUUGAAUUAAUUCGAUGCCCUGACUCAGCCUCAGAUGAACCUGAUAAUUCUUGGCCAAGGAUAGGCUCAAUUCUAGGCCUCAUUUGUUGGAUAUCCUUAUCUCAGAGUUUGACUAAAUUAUCCUUACAUCACUGAAUGCCAUUAGAUUGCUGCAAAAAAUUGGUUCAAAAAUAUGACAUUUUUGGAAUAGAGAUUGAUAUAUUCUGCUCUAUUACUCAAACCCAUUCGAAAUAUACCUACUACGGAAAUGCUUUCUCCUAAGAU